GUAUUGUUCAAGGAUGGUAUUCAUUUAAAGAUUUGAAACCAUACUUUCCAAAUCCACUUACAGGAGUUCAAAUUGAUGGUAAAGAUUUGGUUGAAAAUGAUCCAGUGACCUAUUUAUAUUGUUUAUGGGAAUUGAAUUCAAAGGAUUUUGUAAAUGAACAAGUUCCAUUUACAAGAGAGAAAUUGAUUUGUUUAAUUCCAAUCAUUUUCUCUGCACUAGACCAAAAUGAUCCUGUAACUGCUUUACAAUACAUGAAAUUAUUUGUAAAGCAUUAUCCUAAAGUUAAACAAUUAUACAUAACAUCAGCUCAAGGUAGUGAUGAAUUUUCAUUGGAAUCAAGUUGGACAAAAGUUUUAGGUAAAGUUUACACUGAGAAUGAAUUUGAUUCGUGUUUAGAUUGGGAAACUGAACUACCUGUAAACCUAAAUGGAAUGUACAAUAUUUUUAAAACACAUGCAGACCACCAAACAAUUGAAGAUCAAUGGAAAGUACUCUCAGUUAUUGAAGAGGAAGAAAAAAAAACACCAUCCAAUCCUUAUAUUUUAGUAUUUAAGGGAUAUUUUGGAGAUAGUGCUAAAGAUUUUAUUUAUGGAUCCAAAUGUUUAGAACUCUUAGCCAAAUCACCUGCCAAAGUUGAAUUAUUGAAAAGAACUGAGAAAUUUAAUGUAUUCAAGAAUGAACAACCAUCCAACCUUGAAAUAAUCAAAGAUUUCAAAUUCUUUCCUCUAUUAUUUUGGAAAUGUGUAGUCUUAUCAAAACAGGAAGAUCCACGAAUGGCAGUAGAAUUAUUCAAACAAGUGGAAUAUUAUUCAAAAAAACAAACUCAUUUCCCAUUAUUACUCUUGAAAAUGACUUUAGAAUUCAGAUUUGCCAAUGAUGAAGAGGUAUUACGUAUUUUCCAAUUGAUGGAACCAUUCGAAUCACAAACUAAUCUUGUCCUUCUAGUCAGUGCAACAAACUAUGCUUGCAUGUCAAUGAAAAAUCUAGGAUUAGAACAGGAAAUUGUUCCAAUGUUGGAAAAAUUUAUUGAGAAAUAUGGCAAGGAAAGUAAUUUUACAACUAUUCUCAAUUACUAUAAAAAAUUAAGAUUCUGUUUCACUGAUUCCAAUUAUGAUCAAGUUAACCGUGAUAUGUGGUACGAAUUCAUUGGUAUUGAUUCUGAACAAAUGGUCCAUUCUUUUAUUAAGAGAAAGAAGGAAAAGUAUAUGGAAAAUUGUGGAGAAUCUACUUUACUCUCCCACUGGAGACCAAAAAGAACACGUGUAUUUAGCUUAUGGUACAGUAAUCCAGACGAGUUAACCAAUGAGGAAUGGUCUGCAACCACUGGUUACCCUAUUGAUUAUUUUGAAACUGUCAGACGUCUGUGGCUUUAA